UUUUCCUCAAUCGUAUGAACAAUUUCCACAUUCUCUCAUGAGAAAUCUCAAAUUUCCUGUCCCACCAUCAUCGCUACACGCUGAUCUUUCUCCAUCAAUUCUCAAUUCUCCACUUUUUAAACGCUUCUCUAAAUCUGUGGACAUGAUUCAUCCAUCGCCAAAACCCUGUUUGAAACCCUUCCAAUCCUCUCCCUCCGAUUGCGUUUGCUCCAAAAGAAGCUUCGUUUUGUUUCUAGAUGAGAGUCCUGGAAAUUUCAUCUCCAAACGUGUACGCAACCUGUUCUUAUUUGAUCCAGAUUUGUUACGAAUUUGAUUCUCUGUGUUGAUUGUUUUUCUUUAAUGGCUCUUUCGAUCGCUACAUCUGCUGUUUCUGCUACUCUUAUUACAUCUUCGUUAAAUCAUGUGAAAUCUCUCAGAAUAGUUCCGUCUUUAAUUGUAUCGGAUCGGAACCCUAAUUUUCUGUCGAGAAAAUCGCACAUUAGGGCAUCGACUAUCCGGCCUGUUCGUGUGGCUGCGCCUCCAACGCCGCCAUCGACGGCGGAUUCCGAGAAAUCUGAGGCGGAGAAUUUGGAUGAAGUGGAAGUGGAUGAAUCGGGCAAUGAGAGCUCGUCUUCGCCGUUUUCAUGGAGGGAUAAUUGGUACCCUGUUUCCCUGAUUGAAGAUUUGGACCCUGCUUUGCCAACACCGUUUCAGCUUCUGGGAAGAGAUAUUGUUCUUUGGUUUGAUAAAUCAAGAAGCGAGUGGGUUGCUUUUGAUGAUAAGUGCCCUCAUCGCCUUGCUCCUUUGUCUGAAGGUCGUAUAGAUGAAGAUGGCAAUUUGCAGUGUUCAUACCAUGGAUGGUCCUUUGAUGGGUGUGGAUCUUGUGUUAAGAUCCCUCAGGCAUCAUCAGAAGGCCCGGAAUCUCGGGCUCAUCAGUCGCCUAGAGCGUGUGCUACAAGGUUCCCUACUAUGGUGUCUCAAGGCCUCCUUUUCGUUUGGCCGGAUGAGAAUGGUUGGGAAAGAGCCAAUGCCACCACACCUCCAAGGCUCCCUGAUGACUUUUAUAAGCCUGAGUUCUCAUCGGUUACGAUUCAGCGGGAUCUAUUCUAUGGUUAUGAUACACUAAUGGAGAACGUCUCGGAUCCUUCCCACAUUGAUUUUGCUCAUCACAAGGUUACAGGGAGGCGGGAUCGAGCGAAACCUUUACCUUUCAAGUUGGAUUCUAAUGGUCCAUGGGGAUUUUCUGGUGCAAAUAAGGGGAACCCAAGGAUCAGUGCCAAGUUUGUUGCUCCUUGUUACUAUAUCAACAAAGUUGAGAUCGACACGAAGCUUCCUGUACUCGGCGAUCAAAAAUGGGUAAUAUGGAUUUGCUCCUUCAAUGUGCCAAUGGGUCCUGGAAAAACUCGUUCUAUUGUAUGCAGUGCUCGAAACUUCUUUCAGUUUUCGAUGCCUGGUCCUGCUUGGUGGCAGUUGGUUCCUCGGUGGCACGAGCAUUGGACGUCAAAUAAGGUAUAUGAUGGAGACAUGAUUGUUCUUCAGGGUCAGGAGAAGAUAUUUUUGUCAAUGGAAGAUUCCACAGAUGUAAAUAAAGAAUACACUAAAAUAACAUUUACGCCAACGCAAGCUGAUCGUUUGGUACUGGCGUUCCGAAAUUGGCUGAGGCGACACGGAAAGGGCCAACCUGAAUGGUUUGGGGCUAGCAGCCAGCAGCCUCUGCCAUCAACAGUUCUAUCUAAACGUCAGAUGCUGGACAGAUUUGAGCAACACACACUCCAUUGUUCAUCAUGUAGAGGAGCUUAUAAAACAUUUCAGACACUGCAGAAGCUGCUAAUUGGAGCAACUGUAGUGUUUGCAGCCACAGCCGGCAUCCCUUCUGCUUUGCAGAUGCGUAUUCUUCUCGCCGCUCUUGCGCUCACAAGCGCGGGUUUGGCUUACGCUCUCUUUGAACUUCAAAAGAAUUUUGUGUUCAUUGACUAUGUUCAUGCUGAGAUUGAUUAGCAGACAGAGAGAGAGGCUGAAAGAUGCAUUUUUACUUGGGUAUAGUUACACGAAAGAUGCAUAGUUGAAUACUUCGCAACAAAAUUAGAUUAAAUGAUAUGUUAAUUUCCAUUU